AUGGACGAUGAUGAAUUCGAUCAAGUACCUCAAAUUCUAUUCGAAAAUGUUACAUCCCUCAGUAAAAUAGGCACUCCUGGAACUCUUAUUCCGAUGACGCAGGAUACACGUGCUGUACUAUGUGGUGAUGAUUUUAAUAAUGUCCUCGUUGUUGCUACUCGAUUCGGUAAUGGUCGUUGCUUAGUAUUUGCACACAAUGGUUAUCCUGCUAUUUUUCUUAAUAAUGACACAAAAAAUCAGCAUUUUGUCGACAAUUGUCGUCGAUGGUUAUCUCAAGGAAAAGAUGCACAAUUCGAAUCAAUCGAUUCGAUAGAAUCGAUGGACAGUGUCAAAGAAAAAGGAACAAUUCUUGUUUGGAAUGGACAUAAUAAUAAAAGCGAUCCGUUCAUGGACGAUUUGCGUGGAUUUUUACAAGAAGGUGGAGCUCUGGUUUGUGCAGCAACUGCCUGGGGUUGGCUACAGAGAUAUAAGGGCAAAGUUCUUUCAGAUUUCCCAUUUGCUUGUUUUUGUGAUUCUCUUGGUGUCAAACUGACCGAUAAUUGUGGUCGUUCUCCCGAUCCAAUUCCGUUUCGGCCUGAAAUGAUCAAAUUCAAAAAUGUUUGUAAUGCUGCUCAGGUAUUGACCAGCGAACCAAAUAAUGUCGAAUAUAUGGCUAUCGUCGGAUCGACAAUCAAGGAACUAAACGAUACAUUGCCUGAUUCACUAAUUGAAACUGUACAAAAUAUGAUUCUAAAUGCUGAAAGUGAUGUUAUUCCAACGAAAACAUCACCAAUUAAAGAUCAGUCAUGUCGACAGCGAUCAGUCGGUCUGUGUGAUAUGAUGUGUGGAUUAUGUAAUACUAAAGCUCCUGGUAUAAACGAAUUUCCGGGUGAUUUUGAUGAUACACCGUCUAUGGAAACAGAUGUCACGGUUAAUAUUCAGUCGAAGAACAGCGAAUGGUAUUGCACAGGAUACUAUGUAGCUGCGGGUACUACCAUACAAAUCGAUGUAUCAGAACAAGUUGGUGCAACUGGAUGGUCAGCCAGAAUCGGUUGUCACAGUGAUGAUCUCGGAAAAUGCGAUCAAUUACGUCGAUGGCACUGCAUUUCUUCACGCAAACCGCUGUCUGGUACUACUAUCAAAAUGAGUUCAGCUUUUGGUGGUCUUCUCUUUCUUGAGAGUCCUACUGGUGAAUCGAAUUCCAUUAGUGUUAAUCUACAGAAUGUUGUUCUAACACCUAUCUAUGAUCUCAUGGAUUCUAAUCGAGAGGAACACUGGGAAGAUCUACGUGUUCGUGCACAGGGCUUAUGGGCAGAUAUUGCUGGUCAAUAUAUUGUGUUCAAUCUUCCUUCGAAAAUUGUACGCCAUUUGAAUAGUGAUCAAUUAGAUCGAGCUCUUCGUUUCUGGGAUACUGUAGUACUCACUCAUCAUGAAUUGCGAGGUACUACACCAGUACGUCGAGAACGCAUCGUAUGUGAUGAACAGCCAUCAGCUGGCUACAUGCAUGCUGGUUAUCCAGUUGUCACUCAUUUAGAUGUAACGAAUCCAGAAGCGGAACAUUUCUUAAUGAAUAGUGAUAAUCUAGAAAAGAAUGGCUCUUGGGGUCUUUUUCAUGAAAUCGGUCAUAACAUGCAGCGUGACUGGUGGACUUUUAGUUUUGCACGUGAAAUAACCACGAAUAUCUUCACUCUACAUGCCAUGGAUGCUAUUUGUCAUCUUGAACCAUGGAUUCACUCUUGGCUCAAGGAUCAAAUAGAGAAGACAAAGGAGAGUAUAAAGAAAGGAACGCCUUUCAAUGAAUGGAAAACAAAUGCUGGUUUUGGCUUGUUUAUCUACGCACAACUAGCACGAGAGUUUGGUUGGGACAGCUACAAGGCCGUCUUUCGUCAAUAUGAGCAAACUAAACCGACUUUGAAUAAUGAUCAAGAGAAAAUAGAUCACUGGAUCACAACCUUCUCACGUCAAGUAGAACAUAAUUUGGUUCCACUGUUCAAAUUCUGGGGUUUUCCAAUUUCGCAAUCAACUAUUGCGGGCCUUGGCGACCUGCCAGUUCGUGAAAUGUCUGAUGAAUUAAUUGAAAUAGCACCAGAACGCUAUCAAGUCUAA